AUGGGAACUCAUGUCCUGCAGGAGCCUACUCCUGCCUAUUUUUCCACUGCCGAAUACCUGCAUAAGAAAUUCCGAUUGUCCGCUUCGCCGUCGCUGGAGCUUGACUUUGGGCGCCAUGGAAAGUUUGAUAGCGGCAUUCCACGAGAUUCGCCAUGCUCAGAGUCGUUGUUCACGGAUGAUGAUGCGAAAGAGAAAGAAGACGCCGAGGUGGAAUACGUGCAUGGGUGGAGGUUGUUCGGUUUGAUGAUGGCGAUGACGCUGGCGACGUUUUUGGUGUUGCUGGACAUGUCCAUCAUCGUGACGGCCAUCCCGCACAUUACUACCUAUUUUCAUUCCUUGUACGACGUCGGGUGGUACGGUGCUGCGUAUAAUCUGUCGAGUGCGUCGCUUCAACCACUCUCGGGAAAGUUCUACACCCAUUUCAGGACAAAGUGGACAUUUCUUGCCUUUCUGCUCUUGUUCCAGGUCGGCUCGUUGAUCUGCGGCGCCGCCAGCUCCUCAACCAUGUUCAUCCUCGGCAGAGCAGUCGCUGGCCUCGGGAGCGCGGGUCUCCAGAACGGCGCCUUUGCAAUCAUUGCGGCGGCUGCGCCGCUUGAGAAACGCCCGGCCCUCAUGGGCAUGGUCAUGGGCGGGUGUCAAGUCGGACUGGUGGCCGGACCGCUCGUCGGCGGUGCGUUGACCGAGUACGCGAGUUGGCCAUGGUGCUUCUACAUCAACCUCCCCCUCGGCGGGCUUGCCGCCCUCGUCAUAACGCUCGUCGCCAUUCCCGACCGCCGCGUCCGCAUCCCCGGGAGCACGUGGGCCAUAGUCGGGCGCAAAUUCGACCUACCGGGCUUUGCGCUCUUCGCCCCCUGGGCCGUCAUGAUCCUGCUCGCGCUCCAGUACGGCGGCACUACGCAUCCGUGGACGUCGGCCACCGUCAUUGGCCUGCUGGUAGGUGGUGCAGCCACCCUUGGUGUGUUCGUGUUGUGGGAGAAGCGGGCAGGCGACAAUGCCAUGGUCCCGCCGAGCAUUGUUCGCAAGCGGGAGAUUUGGACGGCCUGCCUCACCAUGGCCUUCUUGUUCACUGCCCUGUUUGGAUCGAGUUACUACCUGCCCAUCUAUUUCCAGAGCGUCAAAGGGGCGACUCCGUUCCAGAGCGGGCUGUCCAUCCUGCCGAGCAUUCUGACGCAGCUUGUGUUUGCCGUGGCCUCGGGCUUCAUGGUGCAAAGAGUAGGAUACUACCUCCCCUUCGCCGUCGCGUCCGCCGUCAUCGUCACCAUCGGCAGCGGUCUGCUCGCGACGCUUGACCCCUUGACCCCGCCCGCCGUAUGGGUAGGAUACCAGAUCUUUGUGGGCGCCGGGCGCGGGCUGGGCAUGCAGAUUGCCGUCAUAGCCAUCCAGGCUAAUGCGCCUCCGCCGCUGGUUGCGAUUGCCACGUCCACCAUGGUGUUUUGCCAAACGUUUAGCGGCGCAAUGUUCAUCGCCGUCGCGAAUACCAUCUUUACCGGCAGGCUGAGGACGGAGCUGACGACUCGCAUUCCUUCGAUGAGCGCGGAGGACAUUGUCAAGGCUGGCGCGGCGGGCGUCCGCGAUGCUGUCGAGCCCGCGUUCCUUGCCGCUGCGCAGAUGUCGUACUCGAAGGCGUUCCAGUCGGUGUUUCACUUUGUCGCUGGACUGACUGUUUGUAUGUUUUUCGCGGCGUGGGGCAUCGGGUGGAAGGAUAUAAGAAGGAAGAAUGAGCGUCAUUUGAAUGACGCUCGUCGUGAGACGUGA